CCGACGCGCUGGAGGGCCGUCGAGCGCCUCAUGCGGCGGAUGAGCGUCACGGUGCCCCGGGACCUCGUGGCGCUGCAGCGGCUCACGGACUUUGCGGAGAGCCUGCCCCAGUUCCGGCAGGCGUACCUCAGCAUCGGCGACACCACCGUGCAGGCCUGCGACGCUGCGGCUGAGCUCGGCGACGGCGAGUGGCUGUGGGCGCGCGGCGCAGCCAGCCCAGCCGAGUGCCCCGGGCUGCCGGAGGAGCAGCGCAGGAUGGUCCUCUACGUGCACGGCGGCGCGUUCGUGCUCUGCAACGCCGCCACGCACCGCUCGCUGACCCUGCAUGUGGCCCGCGCGACCCGUGCCCCCGUGCUCGUGGUGCACUACCGCAGGCCGCCGCAGGAUCCGUACCCUGCAGCGCUGGACGACGUCGUCCACGCUUACCGGCAGGUGAUCUGCACCUUUCCCCCCCAGCGGGUGCUGGUGGCAGGCGAAUCCGCCGGGGGCAACCUCGCGGUGGCGCUGUGUCUGCGGCUGAGCCAGAUGGGCUUGCCGCUGCCAGGCGGCCUCGUGCUGAUGUCGCCGUGGGUGGACCUGUCGGACUUCUCCAGCCCCAGCUGGCACGGGCAAUCGGACUAUCUGCCGGCGGACCUCGCCGAGCACUUCGCGCACGCCUACGUCGGGCAGGCUCUGGCGACGGACGAGCUAGUCUCGCCCUCCCUCUCCUGCUCGCUCGGUGUGCUUCCCCGGUCGUUGCUCAUCUACGGCAGCGUGGAGAGCAUCGCCGACCAAAACGCCCUCUUCGGGAAGCGCCUGCGGCAGGCUGGCGUGAGCGUGACCGAGUACGUCGCAGACGGCAUGGUACACGCGUUCCCCGUCUUCUCCGACUUCGCCUAUGGACACCUGAGCCAAGCCGUAAUCUUCGUGACGGCCGUGGCUGCGGGCGCUGUGAUAGGCCUCCUGGUCUUCGCGGUGGACCUCGCCCUGGGAAUGGGCCCUCGCCGCGCGGCCAUCGUGGGCGCUUCUGUGACGCUCUGCGUCGUCGUGGCCGCGCGCGUGCGGAGCUGCGGCUACAGCCCCCGGGACUUCCUCGAGGGAGAGCGGUCCCCGACGCGGGAGGGCAGCGACACCGACGGCAGCGGCAGCAGCGGCGGGAGCUCCGAGGCGGGCCCCGCGGCGCUGCCCGCCCCGCUGCGGGUCUUCCAGGCCAUCGGGGCGUUCUCCCGGGAGGUCUGGGGCGUGCCCGCGAGCGGCUCGCCGGGAUGAGGGGGCAGCGCGGGCGGCACGCCUCCCGAGGCGCGGGGAGCACGACGAGUCCCUUGCGCCCCAA